CUCCUGGAAAUGUCCUUUAACUGCCUGGAGGACGUGGAAAGUUCCGUCCCCGUCAGCCCUUUGCACUUAGCUGCCUACAACGGUCACUGUGAAGCGCUCAAGGCGCUGGCCGAGACGCUGGUGAACCUGGACGUGCGGGACCAGCGCGGCCGCACGGCGCUCUACCUGGCCACGGAGCGCGGCGCCACGGCCUGCGUGCAGGUGCUCACCAGCCACGGCGCCUCCGCCCUGCUCAAGGAGAGGAAGAGGAAGUGGACGCCGCUGCACGCUGCUG